AUGAAACCCAUCACCCUCCUCCCCGCCCUCCUCCCCCUCACCCACGCCACCCCUUCCUUCCCCCCUCCAGCAAGCCCCAACCCCAGCUGGCACUCCCUCACGACCCGCCAAGCAACCGAAAUCCCCCCCAACUCCCUCUACCUGAUCGAGUGGUGGCCCGACGGCUGCGGCAACGGCAACGGGCAGUCACUCUCCGGAGGGGAAACCACCCUCGCCGCCUGCGUCAACGUCAACUCCCUCUGGGACGAGGCACCCCCUGACAACGCCGCCGUCCGGUUUCUCUUCCCGGAAGACGACCCCCGCACGUUCAAGUGGAGACUUUUUGGAACGCAGGACUGCUCUGAGCAGAUUGAGCUUGGGGAGGGGAACAGCGGGAUCUGCAUCAAUGUUCCUAAUGUGCAGAAGGUUGGGGCUGUGAUUGUUUUUACGGAGGGGUAG